GGAAAUAGCCAAAAGAGGUUAAUCAUUACUGAGUAAUUCAUGACUUAUUAUUUAUUUUAAUUUUAAUUAAAACAAAAAUUCCUUGCUGCGCACCUCCUUACAACUACCUAUGUUAUAAUUUUUAUAAUUUUAUAAUUUUUAUUUAAUAUCAUAAAAUUUAAAAAUUUCUUCAACCGUUUAAGCUAUGGCAAGCUAUUUUGAUGAACUCCAUGUUGAAGAAGAUGAAAUGCCUAAUGCUCGUAUAGAUCGUUUAACAAGAGAAACGUUUAGAAUGCUUUUUGAUCAUGAUCCAGCACGAUAUGGUGACAUGAUCAAUUUUCAAAACACACCUCCUGCAUCUAAAUCAGAAAUAGAAAAACUUAGUGCGCCUUCAUUUGAGGAACUAAUAGAUGAACAAUGUCGAAUCUGUUUAUGCCAAUAUCAACUGAAUGAUAAAGCGCUGAACAUGCCAUGCAAUCAUAUAUUUCAUGAAAAUUGUUUAAAAACAUGGCUGGAAAAAAGUAAUUUUUGUCCACUUUGUAAGUUUGAAUUAAAGACUGAUAAUGAAAUGUAUGAAUUGUAUAAGCAAGAGUUAAAAAAUCGACAAGCGAGAGAAGAUAACAUUGCCCAACUUCAUGAAUCUAUGUUCUCAUAAAAAUUAUAAUAUACAAACAAUUACAAUUAAUUGUGUUUUAACAUAGGUACUUACUUUGUAUAGUACAGUAAAUACAAAUAUUUUACAUUAGUUAAGUGGUUAAAAAUUGGGAUUUUGUGUUUUUAAUAGAGACAUUCAAUUUUCAAUUGUGUUUCUUUACCUGUUAUAAACUUUAUUUUAUAAUAUUCCAGAUUAUCAUAAGUUAUAACUAUUACUAAUUUAUUUUUAGAAAAUCUCAUUUCAAAUUAAAUUAAAUUUUUUUUAUUUUUUAUUAAGAACUGUAUUUUAUUCUAUAAAUUUGUAUCCAUAUUAAUAUGUUAUUAUUAUUAUUAAUGAAUUAUUUAUUAUUUUAAUCUACCUAUUAUUUCUAGAAAGAUAGAUUGCAUUCAUCAUUGUUCAAUAUUUUGCUUAAAAUUAUGAAUUAAAUUGAGCUAUCUAUUAUUUACUGUUUGAUUGUUUUUAUUUAACAUUAAGUAUUAUAUCGGCAUGUAUUGAUUUUUAUUUUUUGUGUUUAUCUGAGUAAUUAAAGUAUUGAUAUUAGUUUAAAAUAAAGAAAAUUAUAUGAAUAGAUGUAAUUAUUAUAAAAAAAAAAUAGUGUAAGUUAUGUAAGAUAUCGAUAUGAGCCUUUUUAAUAGGUAAUACCAAAUUAUAUAUUAUAGAAUAGUAUUAUUUAAUAAAAUUUGGAAUACAUUUGUAUUAAAA